AUGUCCGGCGCCGACGCAGACACAGCGCCGUCGAGCGACGACGGGGGCCAGCACCAGCAGCGCGCGUUUCGGGACCGGGACGCGGCGCGUCGGCGGCUGCGGCUGGAGCGCGAGCUCGCGAUCGCGCGCGCCAUGCGGGCGCCGCUGGCGACCGUGGUCCGUGACCACGCGCUCGUGCACCUCCCGCCGGCCGCCGCGGCGCGCCUCUGCCUGGUGCACCCGUCCUGGGCGCGUGCGCUCGCCUCCCCGCUCUUCGCCGUCGCGCACGCCGCCGCCCCUCGCAGGGCCUCGGGCCUCUUCAUCGCGCCCGCGCCAGCGACCGCGGGCUACUUCCUCCCGCUCGACGCCGCCGACACCGUGCCGUCCCCGGCCCUGGCCUUCCUCCCGGCCUCGUCGCCGCCCACCGUGCUGUCGUCCUCGCGCGGCCUCACGUGCUGCUUCUCCCCGGCCGACGACGCCUACUUCGUGUGCAACCCGGCGACGGGGUCCUGGCACGGCGUGCCGUGCCCGCCGCGCCGGAUCACCUGGCCGCGCCCCGCGGUCGUCGUCCUCUUCGACGCCGGCGUCUACAACUUCCGCGGCGAAUACGCGCUCGUCUGCGCCUUCGAGUCGGAGCCGGGCUCCGGCAUCUACUGCUUCGCGGUGUUCGCGUCGGGGACUGGCGCGUGGUGGGUCGCCGACGCGGUCGCGCCCGCCGAGGGGCUCGUCCCUUCCUCGGGCGUCGCGGCCGGCGGGACGGCCUGGUGGCGGACGGCCAUCGGCACCGCCGUCGGGUACAACCCUGUCACGGGCCGCGUCGACCUCGCGCUGUGCCCCGGGGACAGCACCCAGUGGGAGAUCGGUUCGGCCGCGGGCACGUUGCACUGCGCCGUGCGCGACGGCGGCGACGUCGUGGUGUUCCGGCUCGACAGGCACGGUGGUGGCUGGGAGGUGGCCGCCGCGGUCUCUGUCGCCGAGAUACUGCAGCGGCCUUGGCAACCGGAGCCCGCUUACGAGCUGUCCGACUCCGAGGACGACGACGAGGAAGAGGCGGCGGGCCAGGCAGACGUGGAGCGCGCGGGGGCUGUCAUUGCCGUGGCGAACAGUUACAGCAGGGUACGGGUGCCGAGCGACGACGUGAGGCUGCUUCCGUUCCAGGGCGCCGAGCUGGAGGUAGUGCUGCUGGCCGGCAGGAGAGUGGUGGCGUUCGAGACGGUGACGCGGCGGCGGCGUGAGGCCGUCCUGCCUGAUCAGCCGGCCGGCAAGGACUGGGGCGCCGUCGAGUACGCCGCGCACACCAACACGCUUGCGCUGGUCGCGCCCGUGGUGUUCAUGGAGCCUCCGGACGAUCAGGAAGACGUGGAAUUGUAA